UCCUGUGCCAGACAGGGACUGACGUUCUCGCUCGCACUUGAAACUUGCCACCAAAGAGGCGCGCCCCGGGAGAGGUUUCAGCGCUGCACGCAGGGGCGAGGAUACUGACACCGAACUGCAGCUGAGAGGACAGGCGGACCCCGGCGGCAUUACUUUUCCAGAAACUGGGGGGAAACACUGGAACACGCUUUACUUUACUUACUCCUUUUUGCGAACUUGAAAAUAUGAAGUUGCUGAGAAUUGCGCUCUUGAUCGUCCAUGGUUUCGUGGUGUCCAGAUUGGCCAGCAGCGCCUCCGUUGACAGCUACGAGAGCGCGAAGCCGGCGCAGACCGCGGUCAUAGAUCUUCUGCAGGCGCUGGACGAAAGAGACAGUGCGGACGAUAACGGAGAUCUGGAAUACAGCAACACGGAUGAGUACUACUAUGACGAGGAGGAUGAAGAAGAUUAUUUGUCCGGGGAUUAUGAAGUCGAAGUCCCCAGAGUGGCGUUUUCCACCAAACCGAAGGACCCGUCCAUCGUUCACAGCACGGAGAGGAAGAGGAAGGGCAAAGGCAGGAAGAAGGGCAAGGGCAGGAAGAGAAACCCCUGCCUGAGGAAGUACAGGGAUUUCUGCAUCCAUGGGGUCUGCCAGUACCUGAAGGACCUGCACACUCCAUCCUGCAUAUGUCUGGCAGGGUAUUCGGGGGAGCGGUGUCACCUCUUCAGCCUGCCAGUGGCCAAAGAGAAAGGGGGCUACAACAGGACGACGGCGCUGGCGGUGGUGGCUGUGGUGCUCUCCCUAGUGUGCCUCACUAUCAUCGGCAUCCUGCUGGCCCUCAGGUACCACAAGCGAGGUGAAUAUGAUGUGGAGAGUGAGGAGAAGGUCAAAUUGGGAACGACCUCACACCACUGAAGAGCAAGAAGAGAAUGGAGAUGGAAAUUCUACCUCAAAAAUAAAAUGGAGAAGUGCCGAGAGGAACACGCGGUUUUGGGAGAAGGGGAGAGUGAGUGUGUCUGGCACAAAUGUCUGUCGCCCCGAAACGACCGACAGACCGACAGGACUGACAUACAACACGGGAGGCAGGAAGAGGGAU